AUGGACCACAUCAGACGUCACUGUCCCUCUUUAAAACUCUUCAACUGUGAAACUACAACUAUUGAAGUUUAUUAUUGCAAGGACUGUGAUUUCCAGGCAGACCUAACCCUUCUUUUAAAGCAACACAUCGAGGCUUGCCACACCAUUAAAAAACACAAACACGAUUUGCAUAGCAUUAAAAGUUACAUUUGUGCAACGUGUAGCUUCGAAACUCACUUUUCUCUCAAGUGGCUUCAACACGCCAUAAAAGAAGACAGUGCUCGAUUAAAAACUGCCGAAGACUCCACACAGAAACUUUGUACGUGGCACAAAUGCGACCAGUGUGACUACAAAUCCAAGUAUAAACACUCCUUAAAAAUACACAAAACGGUAAAACACUUAGAUGAUGAUGAAAUCCCGUGGUUUUACUGCCCCAAAUGUUCAUACAAAGCUAAACAUAAAUCCUACUUGAGAAGUCACCUAAAUUUUCAGCAUACGGACGAGGAGAACAUUAAAUGGUUCGAGUGCAAUCAAUGUCCGUACAAAGCUAAGAAGAAGUCGAAUUUGAAAAAGCACGUGAGUGUGUACCAUUUGGAAGGGCAGAGUAUUAAAUGGCAUGAGUGUGAUCACUGUGAGUACAAAACUAAGCAUAAAACGGAUUUGAAAAGUCACAUAAAUGCGCGGCAUUUGGGUGAGGACGAUAUUACGUGGUACAAGUGCAAAGAGUGCGCUUAUAAAGCUAAGAAGAGUUUUAAUUUAAAAGUGCACAUGAAUGCGUAUCAUGUGGCGGGGCAGGAUAUUAAGUGGUUUGAGUGUAAAAAGUGUUCAUAUAAGGCUAAGCAGAACUCGAAUUUGAAAAGGCAUAUAAAGGCGCAUCAUUCGGAUGAUUAG